CCGCGCGCGCGUUCGGUUCGUUGUGAUUUUGGGGCUCCUGAAAAGGCUCUCCCUCUGUCUGUUUUUCUCUCUCUGUAUUUCAUAUCCUGCGAGCUGAGCGCCAAAAAUUGAGAACAUCCACAAAAGUAUAAAAAGACCAAGACAAAAAUUAAUUAAAAAAUAUUAAGAAAUGCUGCGACCCCGCUGCCUGCUGCCCUUUUUGGGACUUUGCCUGCUAAUCGGCCUCGGAAUGCGAUGCGAUGCUAGAGCGGUAAACGUGAGCAACACCUGGACGAUGCCGCAGGAGGGUCUGAACGUCUUCUAUCGCUUCUUCCGCGAUCGUAUAUCCUGGUUUGAGGCCGAUGCCGUUUGCCAAUUUCAUCACGCCAAUCUGGUUACGGUUGACAACAGUUUUCAAUUCGAUGCAACGCGCGACCUGCUGAGGGAAUUGGAUGUGAACGACAUCGUUUGGAUUGGUCUCAUGCGACCGCAGAACUCGGAUCGCUUUAUGUGGUCGAACUCUCGUCCUUUGGUGGCGGAUACUGGAUACUGGGCGGAAUCGCUGCCCCUCAUGGACGCUCCGCUCUGCGCCGUAAUCGAUCCCAUUCGGGACUACCGCUGGCACGCCCUGCGAUGCGGCGGACCCGAGACCGCCUCCUUCCUCUGCGAAAUGCCAGUGCCCAGCUGGGCGGAUGCCUGCAUUCUGAAGGACAUGCCCAACCUGACCAUGCAGUACAUGGCGGACACGGCCAGCAUCGAGCUGAUCCGCAAUUGCCAGGAGGAGGGACUCCUGAGACACACCUGCAAGGGCAAGGAGGAUCGUGAGCGUGCCAUCCGGCAGCUGAUCUGUCCCAAGGAGCGUCUAGAGGCGCAGCGGAUCAAUGACAUCACCAACUCGCACUUCAAGUCGCUGCAGAUCAUCAACAACAUUCGCACGGACAACAAGGAGAACAACGACAUUGAUCUGUUGCCCAACUAUGGCCGACGAUCGGGAAUGGCCAUCAACAUCGAGGUGGCACCCCCUGUGCCUGCCGUUUCCGUUCCCGGAUUGGGUGAACUAAUGCAGGCGGAUGCCCCAGGUGCCGUUUCGCUAUCCGGAUUGUAUCGCAUACCGGAUUUGGUGCCCAAGCCGGUGAAGAAGGCGGCCAAGAAGGUGAUCACGCCGGACUUUACCAAGAAGUUGCAGGGCAGCCAUCAGCAGCAGCAGCAGCAACACAGCCUGCAGCAGCAGCAGCAACAGAAGUCGCGCAAAUCGCUGGUUCACCAGCAGCAACAUGAGGAGGAGGAGCUGAUGCUGGGCGACCAGCCGGCACUCAGUGAGGAGCAACUGCCUCCGGGAAUGGGAAUGGGCUUGCGUAUACCGCUCAACGAGGAUGACAACAGCAAUAGCGAUGUCUCCAAUGAGAUAUUCGAGCAUUUGCCGCACAAAAAGAAGAUCCUGCCGCAGGAUCUGCGCACCAUGUCGCCAAUUGGGGAGGCAGGAGAAUCGCUGAUGGUGACAACGACAACGCUGAAGACAACAACGUUGGCGGCACCGGCAACAGCAACCACAACAACAACACCAGCAACAACAACAGUAGCUAUAACAACAACAGCAGCAGCAACAACUGAAGUGCAGAUGACCACGCCAAAAGCAGUGAUCACCACAAGUUCGCAGGCGCCAGCAACAACCAUAAGACCAACAACAACCAUUAGCAGCACCACCAUAACAACAACCACCACAACAACAACAACAACGCCCAAGCCAGAACUAACGACGACAACAACCAAGAAGCCAGAGCCAACAACAAUGGUUACGCCGCGAACAACAAAAACACCGACAACGGCAGCAGCAACUUCAUCGAUGGCCACCACGACGACAGCAACAUCCGCUGCCACACCACCACCAGCAACAGCAACGACAACAACAACAAUAGCAACAGCAACAGCCAGCCGUGCCACGUCCACCGACAGCAGCAACAGCAACAACAUGGCCCAUCCCAUUCAUCCCUCGCAACAGCAGCAACACCACCAGCAACAGAUAUUGCACGAAGGCUCAACGCUGCAGCAGCAGCAUGCUACGCACGUCAACGAGUCCGCCGACAAUACGCGCUUUAUACCGCCAAUGCUACUGGUGAAGUCGCACUAUGUGCCGCCGGCCAAACAUGCCAGCGAGCAUGCAACCACAACAACAACACUAGCAACAACAACAACCAGUGCGACAACAGCAGCAGCAGCAGCCAAGCCAGCAACUCCAGCACCAAUAUCAGCCAAAGAGGAAAUUCAGCCAUCAACAGUCACGUCAUUGAAGGGGCUGACAGCAGCAGCAACAGCAGCAACAGCAACAGCAGCAACAGCAACAGCAGCAACAACAACCGUGACAGCGACAACAGGUGCAACUGUGGAGUUGACAACAGGCGUGAAAGUAGCUGAAGACACCACAGCAACAUCAGCGACGACAGCAGCAGCAGUAAUUGCCAGUGAAGCGCUAGCAGCAGCAGCAGCAACAACCAAUGCCGUAAGACCAACCGCAGCUAAUGAAAUCAAAUCGAAUGCCACAGCAGCAACACCAUCAGGAAGACCAGCAACAACAGCAGCAACAUCAGCAGUUAAACCAGCAACAACACCCAUUCCGAAGCCAGUGAGAGUUUUCCGGUAUCCCCCACUGAACCAGGGAUCCUUCAAGGUGGAUAACAACGGAAUGGGCAGCCCGGAGGAGGAGGACGGCGACCAGGAGGAGGGGCAUUCGGAGGUCGAGGCAGCCACAACGCGACACAACUUCCUGGAGGAAACCGAGGCGCCAUUCAAGCCAAAUCGACGACGCUCGCUAACCAAGCCGGAAACGGUUAGCUAUUUCAAGAAGAUCUUGGGCUAAAAACCGAAACCGAAACAGAAACAGAAACGGGAGCCGCAUUGCUGCAGCCGUAAUCCGCACUAGUAACCGUAAUCGUAAUCGUAACAGUAACCAAACUGUUAAUCCAUAAAUAAGAAGAAAACAAAAAAAACAGAUGAAAGUAAGAAGAAAGCACUCCCUGCAGCCACAUAAUUGGUCCUCAAAAUCAGAGCAAAUUUAAUCACUUGUUUGGGGUUUGCCCCGCUGGCCAUUUCUCCUCAAAAAAAUAGAAAACUCAAAAUCAAGCCCUUUCCAUAUCCACAUUCCGGCCAAAAGUUUCCAAAAGUCUUGUGUCUGCGGCAGAAAUGCCGGAAAUCCAAGCGGAAACCCAAAAGAAAACUCAACUCAACUCAACUCGACUCGACUCCAGUUGCAAGUACCGAAAUAUGUCAAUUUUUCACCGGAAAAAAGAAUGGAAUGAAAAUGCUAACAAAAAAACAAACAAACAAACACGCACACUCAAAAACAGAUACAUUUACAGUUACAGACGGAGAAAGUGCGAAGUCUGUCAGGUGGGAAAAAAAAAGAGAUAGAAAAAAGGAAAACAGAAAACCGAAAACCGAAAACCGAAACGCUGGAGGAAAUUUAGAUGGCAAGGCAGGAGGAGAAAGUUGGCGAACAGGGAGUGUUAAGGCCAAAUCUAAAGUACGAUAAAUACUACAAGAAGAGUGUUUACAAACGUAUACAUAAGGCGUCUGUUUUGGAUUUCCGUUUGCUUUGCCUACGAGCGACAUGUGGUCACACUGGUCUAGAAAGGGGAAAAACUGCAGAAGAAAGUGGGAAAGGUGCAGGGAAAACCAGAAAAGGGCGAAGUGGAAAACACUCGACAGCAAUUAUUCGCCUCUUUUCGCUUGACGCCUUUUCCGUUUGCUUUUACCCCAAUAAUGCCCGGCUUUUCAUAUGAUAAAAAUUUUGUUUUUCAAUUUUUCAAACCUUCUGACUAUUCGAGUUUUUAAAUUCCAUUUUUCUCUAACUGAGAGCUAAUUGAAUUAUGAAAACAAUCCAAUUUAAAAGCCUUUUUGCUCUUCUUUUCAAUUUUUGCAACAAUUUAUUUUCAUUAAAAUAUUUAUUUUGUGCUUCCAUCGAUCAACCGAGCUUCCAAAAGUUUUCUUUCAAAUUUUUUAACAAUAUCUACUUUAUUGUAUUUCAAAAGAGUUGAUAAAUAUUUGAUUGCUUCGUUUUAUUUUGAAUUAUUUUAAGCCCCUACUUCAAUAAUCUACUAGCUGUUUUUUUUUUAGCAAUAAAAGGUUUCACUUGCCAAAAACUUGUAUCUUACCAAAUGCUUUUUACAACACUUAAAAUUUAUAAAGACUAAGCAUUGAAGGUAAAGAUUUAUGAAAAUCCAAAACAGAACUCGCCGUUCAAAUUACAUAUUUACCUAUAAAUUAUGAACAUAUGAAAUAGAUGUUGUUUUUUUUUUUUUUGGUGUAUGGAAAUAGUCAAAUACAAUUUGUGUAAGUGAAGGAAAAUAAAAAAAAUAAGUAAAAAGCGGGCGUUUGUCAUUUGGAAAUUUUGAGAAAAUUACUUCGAAUGAUUGCGGCAAAUUGGCAGAGCGGAGAAAAUAAGAAGUUAAAUGCGUUGCAAGAACGAGCACACUUAAGAUUAAGCUAAAAUUUAACGAAUCGAAAAAGAAACCCAAAAAGAGAAAAAUAAAACCAAAGGAAAAGCGAUGACGAGUCCCCAAAUAAAACGGAAAAAGGCCGAAAAAAGAAAGCACUUGAUGUAGAGAAUUAUUUGUAGGUACUUGGGAGCAGCGGGCAGAUUAAUACGGUUCCGUUGGGUCGCUCUAAAAAAACCAAAACAUGCAGUAAUAUAGUAUAAAUGUAAACCAAGUAAUGAAUUAUGAAUAAAAAGAAACCCCUUCAAGAAAUUACAAA